UAUGAGUUUGCCUUUAGAAAUCCGAAGACUUGACGAAGCAGUAAUUAACAGAAUUGCUGCAGGAGAAAUCAUCCAAAGGCCUGCAAAUGCCUUAAAAGAAUUACUUGAAAAUAGCCUCGAUGCAAAAUCCAGUAGUAUUCAAAUUUCAGUUAAAUCCGGAGGCUUAAAAUACUUACAAAUCCAAGACAAUGGGACCGGAAUUCGCAAAGAAGAUUUGGCCAUCGUUUGUGAGCGAUUUACUACCUCCAAGCUCCAAAAAUUUGAAGACUUACAAAGUAUAGCCACAUAUGGAUUCAGAGGUGAGGCCUUAGCUAGUAUAAGCCACAUAGCAAGACUUUCUAUACAAACAAAAACAGCAGAUUCCGUAUGUGCUUUCAAAGCAUCUUAUGAAGACGGCAAAUUGAAAUCUUCCCCCAAACCAUGUGCUGGAAAUCAAGGUACCCAAAUUACAGUAGAAGACUUAUUCCAUAAUAUUACUAACAGACUGCAAACUCUCAAAAGUCCUGCUGAAGAAUACCAAAAAAUCUGUGAUGUUGUAACUCGAUAUGCAAUACACAAUUCUAAAAUUGGUUUUGCUUUAAAAAAAGUAGGUGAAUCAAAUGACAUUAAAACUCCAGUUAAUUCAAAUUGUGUCGAUAAUAUACGCUGUUUGUUCGGUCAACAAAUUGCAUCACAUUUAUUAUUUAUGGAGACAGAAGAUAAAACUUUAGGAUUCAAAGCUCAAGGCUAUGUAACAAAUGUUAAUUAUUCAGCAAAGAAAGGGAUAUUUAUUUUGUUUAUUAAUCAUCGAUUAGUUGAUUCAUCUUUACUUAGAAAAUGCUUAACACAAAUUUACAGUGUGUAUCUGCCAAAAAAUAUGCAUUCUUUUGUAUACUUAAGCUUAGAGAUAAAUCCUGAAUUUGUGGAUGUAAAUGUGCAUCCAACGAAACAUGAAGUACAUUUUAUGAAUGAAGAAGAAAUAGUAGAAAAAAUUAAGACUGUUGUAGAAACAAAACUGCUGGAUUGUAAUAGUUCACGGAUAUUCUACACUCAGGCUAGACUACCAGGUAAUAUAUCUCCACCUAAAUUAGAUGUCUCAAAAUCAAAACCCAUUAAAGAAUAUGACAAAGAUAUGGUUCGAAAAGAUUUUGCUGAUCAGACGAUACAUAAAUAUUUUGGAAACAGUACAAUAAUAACUAACAAUGAUUCUGUUAAUGAUGAAUCAGAGAAAACAGAUCCACAACAUGAUGGUCCUAAUGUAAAUAUAAGUGAAAUUUUGAAAGCAUUCAGGAAUAAACAAACUGGUGGUGAAAGAACUGAAACAAAGCUAACAAGCGUUUUAAAUUUGAGAAAAGGAAUUGAAAAUGAUUGUCAUACUAAUUUAAGGGAGAUAUUGAGUACCUUGAUAUUUGUAGCAAAUGUAAAUUGGCAGCAGUCUUUAAUACAACACCAAACUAAGCUAUAUAUUUGUAACACACAGAAGUUAUGUGAAUCUCUAAUAUAUGAAAUGAUACUUUAUGAUUUUGGUAACUUAGGAAUGCUCUCGUUAACAAAUUCUGUAUCAAUUAAAGAACUUGCUUUACUUGCCUUGGAUUCACCAGAAUGUGGGUGGACUGAAGAAGAUGGUGACAAACAAGAUUUAGCAUCUAAAGUAGAAUACUUACUUACAGAAAAAUCCCCCAUGUUAUCAGAAUAUUUUUCUUUAACUAUAGAAAACGGUCAUAUAAAAACAUUACCUAUGAUUUUAGAAAAUUUUAUUCCAGAAAUAGGACAAUUACCUAUGUACAUUUUACGUUUAGCAACUGAAGUUGACUGGGAUACUGAGAAAGAAUGUUUUGUUACAUUUUGUGAAGAGACAGCACGAUAUUAUGCUUCAUCUUUACAGUAUUUUUCUGAAGAAACAAGAAACUGGGUUAUUGAGCAUGUUAUAUUUCCAGCAAUAAGAAAAUUUUAUUUGCCUCCAAAGAAAUUUGCAGAAAAUGGGGCAAUAUUGCAAAUUGCAAAUUUACCUGACUUGUAUAAAGUCUUUGAGAGGUGUUGAGGAUAGUAUAUUUUAAUUUUAACAUUAUGAUUAAGAAUAAUGAUAUUGAUUUACCCUGUGAUAUGUACCA